UAUCGUUCGAUCAAGUAGUUCUGCGCUUUCUGGACACUCUCACCACAGUUCAGCGUGCGGUCAAUAUUUGUAAACAUUCGAGCGCAGUGAUCAUGCAUACACAUUUUACGUUACUGCUCACCGUUUGUGCGCUAGUUGCACACGGUUACCCAACGGAUCUGGGCCACCAACACGGUGGCAGUGGUAGCAGUAGUGGUAGCUCUGCCACCAGUAACUCACAGUCGGCAGGCUUCGGUGGCUUCCCGGCGUUGCCCGGAUUCCAAGGAGGAUUCGACCAGGGACAGGCCUCGCAGCCCCUUAUGGCCGGAGCUGGUCACAAUGCCGGUGGAUGGAGUCCGGACGUAUUUAACAAAGGAUUCCCGUUCCCCCAGGCCGCGCACGGUAGCAGUUCGGGUAGCUCGUCGUUCUCCAGCUCCUUCUCAUCGAGCCACGAUGGAAAAGUGACCAGUUCGCAGUCCCAGGCACAGUCCGGUAGUCAGAGUUCCGGACACGGUGGUGCAUCCAGCUCUGGCAGCUCGGCUGCAUCGCAAUCGUCCAGCAAGGGCGGUCACGGUCACCAUGGAAGUGAUAGUGGAAGCGCUGCUGGGGCACAAUCAAUUGCGCACGAUCAGCAUGGCCACCACGGAUCUUCGUCCGGUGCUCAUUCCCAGUCCAUCAACCACAACGAUCACGGUCACGAUCACGGACACGGUGGAGUGGUUGGCAGUUCCUCUGGAGCUCAAUCACAGUCGACUUCCGCCGAUCAGGGACAUCACGGUCAGCUAGCUUCGGGUAGUAAUGCCGGCGCACAGUCCGUGUCGCAGUCGGUGCAGGAUACACACCACGGUCACCAUGGUUACGCACCGAGCGGAUCCGCCAGCUCUGCCGGAUCCCAAUCACAGUCACAAGCGACUCACGCGAAUCAGCACCAUGGUGCGGGUGGCCAACACCAUGGCUCCGGUGGACAGCAUAAAGAGUAUUAUCAGGGACAUAGCCACGACGGUGAGGGAUUCGGAGUGCGCGUCAGCACGGACGAGACCCAGGAUGGUUCGGUGAAGAAAACUGCCAGUGAAGCUUGGGUAUGGAAGGACUAAAUGAAACGCCAUUGUUCGGAUUGAUAAUUAUAUAUUUAUGGCCAUUGUUACUGAAAAUAAAACUAGAUUAGUAAAAGAAACAAUGUAAAAAACCUGUUAUAUUGUACACCGACCGAUUGAGAGAUAACUAAGCGAGGCAAAGAAUACAUUUGCGUUGUGUGAUG